AUGGCUUCCCUCCUGUCCGCCAUGCGACAAUGGUCGAUGCUGCUGCUGCUUGGUCUAGGGCCGGCCACGCUUGUCGCCGGCAAGUCGGCAGCUGACUACUUCGUCACUGACCUUCCUGGUGUCCCCGAAGAUGCUGAGCCGAUCAAAAUGCACGCUGGGCACAUCGAAGUUACCGAGGAGCACAACGGCAACCUCUUCUUCUGGCAUUUCCAGAACCAACAUAUCGCGAACAAGCAACGCACUGUCAUAUGGAUCAACGGUGGUCCUGGCUGUAGUUCCGAGGAUGGCGCCCUGAUGGAAGUUGGGCCAUACCGAGUAAACGAGGACGGCACGUUGAGACUCAACGAAGGGUCUUGGAACGAAUUUGCGAACCUUUUAUUCGUCGACAAUCCCGUCGGGACAGGUUUCAGCUACGUCGACACCGAUAGUUACAUCCACGAGCUUGACGAGAUGGCCGACAAUUUCGUGACAUUCCUCGAGAAAUUCUUCGAGAUGUUUCCACACUUUGCGCAGGACGACAUCUACAUCGCAGGCGAGUCCUAUGCCGGCCAGCACAUACCUUAUAUCGCACGCGGAAUCCUCGACCGAAACAAGAAGGAACAAGACGCGUGGAAUUUGGCGGGACUGCUUAUCGGAAACGGUUGGAUCUCACCGUACGAUCAGUACGAUUCCUACACAAAGUUUGCCCGCCAGAAAGGCCUCCUUGAGAAGGGCUCCAGCAACGACAAGAAGCUCGAGGAAAUGUUGAAGACUUGUCACAAGGUUGUGAGCGACAAACCUGGCCACGUCGACUAUGGUGAAUGUGAGGACAUUCUCUCGAAAUUGCUCGAGUAUCUGAAGGAAGGGGAUGGCGACAAUGCCUGUAUCAACAUGUACGAUGUUCGCAUGCGGGACUCAUACCCGAGCUGCGGAAUGAACUGGCCUCCAGACCUCAAGCAGAUGACACCAUACCUGAGGAAGAAAGAGGUUUUGCAAGCCCUCCAUGUCAACGAGCAACGGAAUGCCGGAUGGCAGGAAUGCAAUGGAGCUGUGAGCUCAUCUUUCAGGGCACAAAAGUCGAAGCCCGCCAUAGAACUGCUCCCGGACCUCAUCGCAGAGGUACCGACCCUUCUCUUCUCCGGGGCCGAGGAUCUCAUCUGCAACCACAUUGGCACAGAGGACAUGAUCAACGGAAUGGAAUGGAACGGCGGCAAGGGCUUCGAGACAAGCGCUGGUAAUUGGGCACCUCGACGCAACUGGACCUUUGAGGGGGAUGAUGCAGGUUUCUGGCAAGAAGCCCGUAACCUGACUUAUGUGCUCUUCAACGAUGCAUCUCACAUGGUCCCUUUCGACUACCCUCGUCGUUCCCGAGACAUGCUUGAUCGAUUCAUGGGCAUCGAUGUCAGCAGUAUCGGGGGUAAGCCAGUCGACAGCCUGAUCGAUGGUGAGAAGGGCCCAGACACAGCAGUUGGCGAUUCGGAUGGGAGUAACGCUGAUGAAGAUUCCGACGAGGUCCAGAAAGCAAAGUGGCAGGCUUAUAGGAGGUCUGGCGGAGUUGUUCUCGUGAUUGUGAUCAUUGCAGCCUCCGCUUGGGGAUACUUCGUCUGGAGUGAACGCCGCAAACGGGCUGCAUACCAUUCUAUCGAUGGAGAGCCAAGUACCCUGGAAGGGUUUCGCAGGAAGCCAGGCGAUGGCGACCUGGAAGCUGCUGCGUUCGAUGAUGGUGAGUUAGACGACUUACAUACUGAUACACCCUCUGGACACAACGGCAGCAAAUACAGCAUCGGCGACGAUAGCGACGACGAGCAAGGUGGCAAAUCAACUAUAGCGAAGGAAUCUGGCAGAGCCUGA